AUGAUUGAUGAAAGCAGAUGGCAAGGAAUUUUAUCACAGUGCUGCAGCAACAAUGCAUACACCUGCCCGUUCCACAAAUUUAAUGGAUUUGAUCCUUGCUCAGAGUUCGUGAAAGCUGAGACGGGGCCUAGGUGA